AUGAAAUUUAUUAAUCGAUGUUUAUUUAAGUUUUCUGCAAAUGUUAUAAGAGACUAAAUCUAUGAAUUUGAUAAGAGUGCAAUUAGUUUAAGUGUUCGAAUUAAUAGCUUAAAAGAUUUCAACGAUUUUCAAAAAUUAAGAGAUUUAAAAAUACAUCGAAUUAUCUAUAAUCUUAAUGAUAAAACAGAACUAAUGGACUUUUUAGCUGAACAUAAUGAUGAAUGUAUUAAGAAAAUAUUUGAUCCAUCCUUUUUUAUAUGUAAGUUUAAGAAUAAAUGAAUAUCUUAGUUCGUGGUGUUAGUGUAAACAUUCCUACAAUUUUAAGAGAUGGUCAUUUUAGAAAAUUAGAAUAGAAAGCAUUAUUAUAGAUUUGCUAACAUCUAUUUAAAUUAAAGACUGAUCAAAAUAAGACUUAAUUUUAAGUGUUUAUGGUAUAAAUGAUUAAUUUAUUUUUAUGCAUUAAAACAUGAU